AUGUCGAAUCUCGUUCUGCCGAAUUGUAAUUAUCUGUCUUUUCACCUGGCAAGGACACCAUCCACCCUAUCUCUUAAUCCUGAUCAUCUUCAACUGGACAGUAACUUUCUGGAAUGGGGCUUAUUGGAUCCGGUUAUGGGGCUUCUGGAAUGGGGCUUAGAUUCACUUAGCGAUAAUUGGGUCCGGCAAUAUUUAAAUCAAGAACAUGUAAUCCAGAAGUUAGCAGAUUCAAAGAUAAUUCGUUCAACAGCACGGUUUUUCGUCUCAACAAUAUAUGGUAUGCGUAUGUCGAUCUUUCGGGAUUUUUGGAAACGAAUUGAAUUUUUCUCGAAGAAAUUUGGUGAAGAAUUCAAAAAAUCAUUGACACAGAAGAAGUAA